GGGUGGAGUUUUCCUACCCUUUAAACCUCUUUGUGGCCAGCUGUCAAGCUAACUUUUUUGCUCUAAGUGCCAGAAUUAAUUGUAGGGAAAGUUACAUUUCAGCCACUAUAUAGAUAAGCCUGAAAAAAAAAAAGAGAAGCAAAAUGGAUCACAAUGAAUCAACCACUAAUGCUGACAAAAUCCAUCAGAAUCGGCUGUCAAGCGUUUCAAUAGAUGAAGACCAAGAUGCAGCGUUGACAAUUGUGACUGUCCUAGACAAGGUGGCUACAAUAAUAGACAGUGUCCAAGAGAGUCAGAAGAGAAUAGAAGAGAGACAUCGGACAAUGGAAAAUACAAUCAAAUCUGUCCAGAUUGACAUGUUGAAGCUUUCCCAGGCACACAGUAACACAGGCUACAUAGUGAACAAGCUGUUUGAGAAAACCCGGAAAGUCAGUGCUCAUGUGAAAGAAAUAAAAGCACGUGUGGAGAAGCACGGCCUAAGCGUGAAGAAGGUAGAAACCAAGCAAGAGGAAGUGCUAAGAAAAAACAAAUUUCGAGUGGUCAUAUUCCAGGAAGAGAUCCAAUGCCCUACAUCUCUCUCUGUCGUUAAGGAAAAAAGCCUGCUUGAGAAUACACAAGAAGAUGAGUUCUGCCUCCCAGAUGACCUCUCUUCGGAUGAAGAAUAUGAGAUUGAAGAAAGCAGAGCGGCCCAGUUUAAAAAGUCAGGCAAGAAGCAAAUCGAUAACAUCAAAAAGGCCUUCUCUAAAGAAAACAUGCAGAAGACGAGACAGAAUUUUGACAAGAGAGUAGACAGAAUUCGGACGAGAAUCGUAACCCCUGAGAGGAGAGAAAGGAUCAGGCAGUCGGGGGAGAGACUGAGGCAGUCAGGAGAGAGAUUGAGGCAGUCAGGAGAGAAACUGAGGCAGUCGUCAGGAGAAAGAUUGAAGCAGUCUGGUGAAAGAUUUAAGAAAACAAUUUCUAAAGCAACUCCAACCAAAGAAACUUUCAAGAUGCAUCUCCAUAAGAAAGGCAAAGAAAGAACAAUUGCCGAAGGCCAAGAAGGCAUUCAGGAUAUGGGAGUGGAUAUCAUUAGCAGGAGUGGGGUUGAUGAACCCCUAAAUGAGCUCUAUACGGAAAUGACAGCUACAACCGAGCAUGUGCAAGGCAGAGAAGUCUAUCCUUCCCAAGCAGAAGAGGAAACCCAGAUUCCUAUGGAAAACAUAGUUCUGCAACCCCAAAUAAAAGGAAGUAAGGAGGAAUCCCUUUUGCUGGAUUUAAAACAAUCAGCAUAAAAAGGGAACGUGGGGGCAGCUAGGUGCCACAGUGGAUAGAGCACCGGCCCUGGAGUCAGGAGGACCUGAGUUCAAAUCUGGCCUCAGACACUUAACACUUACUAGCUGUGUGACCCUGGGCAAGUCACUUAACCCCAAUUGCCUCACAAAAUCAAAAAAAAAAAAAAGGGAACGUGACAGCCUUUGAUUGUGUGUCUGCUUUAUCAAACGGUUCUAACUAGAAAAGAUAGUCAUUUUUAUUUUUGACAUCAUAUAAAGAUAGAUAAAUGCUGUUAUUUCAUUUAAUGUAUUCCAGGCUAUCAGUUAUGUUUUUAAUAAACUAGGCAAUAUAAAAAGUCUCAUUUUAUUGGCAUUUUUCCCCCUUCGUUGAGGAAUAAACUCCCAAUGAGUGAUGGAUGAA